CUGUUGUGCGGUAGACAGUGUGCUGCUUUCUCUUUAUGUUGCGACGAUGUCUCAUUUUUGUUCAGUUUAUAAGUGUGGGAAUCGAGCAGACAAAAAAAAGCUUUUUUUGCAUCCCGAAAGUUAGAUCCUACGAAGGAGCCGAAACUUUGGAAUUGUCGAAAAAACGUCAGGAAAAAUGGCUAGCAAAUAUACGUCGAGCAGAUAUGAAAAUGUCGAGUAUUGAAAGUGGUUAUUCGAGAGUCUGCAGCGAUCACGUCGUUAACGGUCGUCCAAGUAAAUUGUAUGAGAAGAAAUCUGUAGACUGGGCCCCAACAUUAAACUUGGAACAUGAAAACGUGAAGCCCCCAACAGAAUCAUCUGAGAUACGCAGAGAAAGAUUAAACCAACGUGUGGAAAAAAGACAUCGUUCUGAGGUUGCUAACAUACUGCUUGAAUUGAACAAAGGUCCAGAAGAGUUUGUACGCAUCCAUGGAUGUUCAGAAUAACGAUGAUCCUUUAAACAUUCUUCAAGGUUUUGACUGCAAUUUUGUAGAUGUUGGAUGCCAGACUGACUUUACUUCAGCUGAUUUUAGUGAAAUUGAAGAAGAAAUGAAAUCAUUAAAAGAAGAUGCAAAGAAGACAAAUGAAGAACUUUACCAACUAAGGCAGAAAGUUAUGGACUCUGAACUCUCCCAAGAUGCUUUCAAAUCUAGUGAUUGCAGAACUAAAUCCUACACUGGACUUCCAAAUUUUAAAUUGCUUAUAACAGUCUUUGGUUUAUGUUCACCAUUUGUAAAAUCCACCCACAGAAAUGUGUUGACCCAAUUCCAAGAGUUCAUUCUGGUUUUGACGAGACUGAGACUCAAUUUACAGCUUCAAGAUUUGGCGUUUAGGUUUGGCAUCUCCCUUUCUACAGCUUCAAGAAUUUUUACAAAGUGGCUGGAUGUUCUGUCAAGUAGACUCAGUUUUCUUAUUAUAUGGCCAGGUAGAGAAAUGCUGAGAGAAAUUAUGCCAGUUAAAUUUAAGAAAUCAUUUGGAAAUAAGGUGGCUGUUAUUAUUGACUGUUUUGAAGUUUUCAUUGACAGACCUUCCAAUCUCAAAGCUCGUGCAGAAACUUGGUCAAAUUAUAAACACCACAACACAAUGAAAUUUCUUAUUGGGAUAGCUCCACAGGUGGUGUUUCUUUCAUUUUGAAAAGUUGGGGAGGGAGGGUUAGUGAUAAAUACUUGACAGAACACUGUGGUUUUUUGUUUUUGGAUAAUUUGGUCCAUGAUGACAUAGUACUUGCAGACCGUGGGUUUGAUAUAGCUGACAGUGUUGGGUACUAUUGUGCCACCCUAAACAUCCCAGCGUUUACAAAGGGGAAAUCACAGUUACCAGCUCUGGAAGUUGAGACUACAAGAAAAAUAGCCCAUGUUCGAAUACAUGUUGAGAGGGUAAUUGGCCUUGUUCGACGAAAGUAUCAGGUUUUACAGAGCACACUGCCAGUUGAAUAUUUGAUUUAAAAAAAAGGAGAAACAG